CUCAAGCCACAAAUCCUGCCUGAGGUGUUAGAUUCCUCGGCUACUGAAUGCUAUAUUUUUCAUGAUUUUUUUUAAAAACUUUAAACAGUUGGAAUAAGUCUGUCUUCUCGAAAUAAGGAACGAUUGCGUGGUUUGUUUCCCUUCGUGGAUUAAUCCAACGUUAGUCGUAUGGUGCCUGGAGGCAUCCUGCACCAUCGACCGCAAGGCAGAAACCUGACAAUUUUCGAAAGUGGCAAAUCCAAUAGCACCUGAUUACUCUGAUACAGUGUGGAAAAGCAAUUUUUAAACAUGAGAGAUCAUUGAGAGAAAAGAAGCAGCUGCCAUAUAUGUUACAAGAAUACUUAGAUGUAUGUGACAGAGGAGACAUGUCUGGCUGACACGUAUACACCAUGGAGACAGACACAAAACGCAUUAAAGAAGAGGACUGUGACUGGGAGCCUGUCCACCUUAAACAGGAGAGUAGCAUUGUUAAGGAAGAGGACUGUGACUGGGGUUCAAUAAGCAUUAAAAAAGAAGCUGAGCAGAAGCCUGUGGACCCUGACACCCAGAAAUAUGAAAUUACAGAUGGCGUCAAAAAAGAGGACCUUGAUUCAGGGUCUGCCUUUCAGUUUGGGCUUCAAGGUGCAGAGUCUGCCAACGUGAAGUGUGAAUUGUUAAAAUCUGAUGUGAAGAUAACUGAGGAAAUCACAAAGAGGGUAUUACAAGAUCAGCCAUCAUCUAUAAGCCAUUCUGGACCAAAUUUAGAAGAAAGUGACACCUUAAGGCCAUUGUCAUUUGCCUCAACCUGUCUUCAGAGUAUGCCACAACAGAAGCAGCAUGAGGAAGACAUGAGGAACUUAACAGCUGCAUCAGAGUCUUUGGCACCUACCUCUUUGCAGUCCCAACCUGUCGUGAAAGUAACAAAGAUUGAUGCCACUAGUUCUUAUAAACAUGCACAAGAUACAAAUGCAGUGACUAUGAAUGUGUGCUUAGGUCACAGCCAAAGUUUAAAAUGUAAAUCUUAUUAUAAGGAUCUUCAGUGGAGUCAUACAAAGCAAACCUCCUAUGGCUGUUCUGAAUGUGGCAAACAAUUUUCACAGAAAGGCAAUCUUCACAGACAUGCAAGAAUUCAUACUGGGGAGAAGCCACAUUCUUGUUCUGAUUGUGGCAAACGGUUCUCCAGCAAAAGCAGUCUUCAGGUUCACACAAGAAUUCACACUGGAGAGAAGCCCUUUUGUUGUUCUCUUUGUGGCAAACGAUUCUCCUGCAAUAGCAGUCUUCACGUGCACACAAGAAUUCACACCGGAGAGAAGCCAUACUGCUGUUCAGAAUGUGGAAGGCAGUUCUCCGACAGUAGCAGUCUUCUGAGGCACAAAAGAAUUCACACUGGAGAGAAACCAUAUUGCUGUUCUGAUUGUGGCAGACAGUUCUCCAACAGUGGCCAUCUUCAGACCCACGCAAGAAUUCACACAGGGGAGAAACCGUAUAGCUGUCCAGAAUGUGAUGAGCGAUACUCUGACAGGAGUAGUUUUCAGUAUCACGUAAGAAAUCACACUGGAGAGAAACCAUUCUGCUGCUCUGAGUGUGGCAAACAUUUCAGCACUAAUAGCAGUCUUCAAACCCACAUGAGGAUUCACACCGGAGAGAGGCCGUAUUGCUGUCCUGAAUGUGGGAAACGAUUCUCACGCAUAAGUCGUCUUCAGAUGCACACACGAUUUCAUACAGGGGAGAAGCCAUAUUUUUGUACUGACUGUGGCAAACAAUUUUCUGACAAAAGCAAUCUUCAAACUCAUAUAAGAAUUCACACGGGGGAGAAGCCGCAUUCCUGUUCAGACUGUGGAAAACGAUUCUCACGCUUAAGCCACCUUCAGAGCCACAAAAGGUUUCAUGCUGGAGAGAAGCCGUAUUGCUGCUCUGACUGUGAAAAAUGUUUCACUGAUAGGCGCAAUCUGCAGCGACAUGCAAGAGUUCACAUUAAAGAGGGAACCCAGAAGGAGGCUGUAGAGAGGAAGAGGUGAAAGCCUGUGUUAAGCUUCUAUAGCAUUAAACUUCAGUGAGUUUCCCACCUAUGUGAAGUCUGGAUAUAUGCCUUUACAUGGUAGGCUGUAUUGCAAUUGUUUUGCCAAUUACGAAAACACAAAGUAGUUCUACAGCUCUGUAGUUUGGAUGCCUACUGCCUGUCCUGUCUAUUCUCAAAAAUGACUGCCCUGCGUAAUCUUUAUUUUUUUUUUUAAAGAUCAAUCUUAACAUUGAUUUUCAAAGCAGUUAACCAGAAGAUGCACACUGGAAUAAAAUCAAAAACAAAAAAGUCUUUCCCAAAGACUGAAAAUAAAAUCAAAAGCAGAAAUAAGCCUUUCGCAAGGGUUGUUAGCUGCUUCAUCAAGCCAAAAGGUUUAAUAAUAAUCAUAGUUGGACAAAAGUGUAUUAUUUUACCUGAGUGAAGAAACACUAAGAUGGAAGUCAAAUUGAGACAAAAGAGCUACAAGUCAAAGCAAGAACAUCAAAAUCAAGGCUAUCAAACUCCACUUGUUCACCAAAGUUUGUACAAAGCAGCUGCUGCACUGCACUAUAAUGUAAUUAGUACAUGUUUGUGAUGACAGUCAGGGAGGAUUUUCCCUACCAAUCCAUUUACCGCCAAUGUGAUGCACUUAAAAUGUAAACAAAAAAUAUUAAUGUUAAAGUCUUUCUCAAACCAAGAAAUGGAAUUCAGACUUGUAUUUAAAA